AUGUGCAUUCUCAACCUUUCCAACGAGCUCCUACGCGAGAUACUUGAUCAUAUAGAUCCCGAGAAGCCCAUAGGGCCCGAGCGGCGCGCCUACUUAUCCCAAGAGAGUUUUGAGCUGCCCCCGGAACCGGAUCCAGACCAGUCCCAGGAUAUUGCCAACUUUCGACUAGCUUGCAAGAGGUUUUCCGACUUGGGGGCGGUCCAUCAGUUCUCGCGCGUCACCACACGCUUCUCUCGCAAAGGCCUCAAACGCUUGGAAAAUAUUGCUAGCCAGCAGCACCUAGCGGAACACGUCAAGAAAUUCAGCUACAUGGUACCAUUUUUCUACGUUGAAGGUUGUGGUCCACCUUCUGUUCUCGACCAUGUCCGCGUGACUAACAAGGUCAUAGGACGAGCACGCGUGCGCGAACUCUUACCCACACUACCCCAAAAUCUCGGGACUCUCGAUGUCAGACAUUUCGUCCAAAAGGUGAAGGAGCAAAAGGAGAUCGUCGAGACCGAGGAAGACGCUCGUGUUCUGAACAAAGCAAUAUCGGCUUUCACUUCCCUGCAGCAUGUGCAGAUACUUCGACUACAAGACCAGCAAGAUGGACUCCUCAUCUCAUAUAUUCGAGAACAUGAUCCAUUAAGCACCUUGGUCGAACUCAGGUGGGCACCAGCCUGUUCACAUUCCACGAAAACCAUCGGCGCAGCGCUACUUGCGAACAAGUCACCCUGCUCUCGCUUCUCGUCGCCAAUGCUGAGCCCGCAGAGCGUUCUAGGUGCUGUGAACGAUCCACCAUCGACUCUGAGUGUUCUUGCUGAAAGACUGACCUGCCUAGAGCUGCAUUUUGACGAUGGUACAGACUUGGACAAUCGUAUGCGGGCGCUUUCAACUUUGUCGAGGGCGGUAUUCAGCGCCGCCAAAAACAUGCAAGCUCUACACAUAGGGUUUCCGUCACACAGACCAUUGAGUCUGCGACUUGAAGAGGUCUUCCACAGCAUUAAAUGGGAAAAGCUGCUCGCCUUUGGCAUUCAGUCGUGGCGCCUUGACGCGGACGAAAUCAUAGCCUUUGCGCGAAGGCAUCGGGAAAAGCUUCGUGGCCUAAGGCUCAGGGACGUCUUACUCAAGGACGGUAGCCGGUGGCAGGAUGUACUCGGAUUCCUAAGAUCGGAUAUGCCAAGGUUAGACUGGGUUAGCCUACGGCGCAUCAACUACGAAAAGAAUUUUGACGAGCAGUGGAUGUUGGGAGUUGAGGUACCCGACGAUCAGUUCACGGCCAGCGACAGCAGCAGCGAUGGCUAUAGCGAUGGUUUCGACCACCACGACGAUGAUGACGAUGACAUCCACCCCGCUUAUCACCAUAAUGACCACGACGACCAGGAAAGCGUAGAUUCGGUCGAAGAGGACUCGGAUGCUGAUGAGCCAGAGCAAGGAGGCGAUAUCCACUUCCCACCAAUGUCUCCGGAUACACCAGCCUCCGUUCCCUGGUGCAAUUGCAGUCACACCGACAGCAUCGAGAUCCUCGGCGACAACGGCAUCGUGGUCACCUACCCGCAACGGAAGUUCUGGGAGAAAUGGGUCGUACGGAAAACAUGCACAGAGCAUUGCAAUAAGUGA